CGAUGAUUCAGUUAGCAUCAAGUCGGACAAUGAUCUUGCAAGUUCAUUGAUGGAACUUGAUAUGUCCUCGGAUUUGGACGUUAAGGACCCAAAAGGCAAGGGCAAGGCAAAAGCGGCACCUACUAGGUCACCAAUGAGAAGCCGGAACGCAAAGCGCAGUCACACUCUGCUUUCCCCGUCACCAUCAGAAGCCACUAGGAAAGCAGUCCAGAAGAAACUCAAAAAGGAACCUGCAAGUGACACUGCCGUUCCCUUAUUUUCAAUGAACUCUGAAUCUGCGAGCCCUGAACUCAAACUUCAUCUGUCGACCCAGCCCAGCGCUCAAUCCAAUAGCUAUAGUGAGUUUAUCAUUCCACUCAUUCGACAUUUAUACUACUUGUUGAUGAACAUCUGCGCUGCUGUUAUUUCAGAAACGAACAAGAUAUCCGCUCCACCAGACUUUGUGUCGGUCAGUGAAGCGGAUGUCCUGUGGCGCGACAAGAUACAGGACGAUGACCCUUUCGCGGAAUACAUCAAUCCGUGGGACUCCCAUUACUCUAUGCUCAAUCUUGCCAACCUCCGAGUAAUUUGAGAGUCGGCAUAGGCUAUCUCGCAGUGACCAGGUCUGUUUUUUUAAAUGACAGGCGCGUUAAUUUCGUAGUUUUUGUUCUUUGUGCAUCGUAGUACAUACUAGUAUCCUCGUCAUUUCAUUCCGUAUCGCUACGUUCAACUUGCACCCUUGUAAUGCCUCACCUACUAAUGAUAUCUUGCAGUCAGAUACAUGAUUCAC